AUGUCCACGCGGCCCGCAUUCGAAGCUCUUCCACUGAGUGAAGACCACCCCCCCUACUCGGCAUGGGGUCUGUAUGGUGAUGAAGAUGAAUUAGGAACUCUAAAUCUGCUAAGGCCAGAGACGGUGCUUGCCGCCAAGUCGGAGAUUGUGACAGGAGAAACUAUCAGUCUCAAUCUUCCGCUGAACAUUCCAAUCACGCCCAUGAACCCAGCAAGGGGUGCUUUUAAGCAUCGUUUUGUUGCGAAGCCCAAUUCAAAUGACGACGAACUAGACAUCAACACACAGAGCUCUAGUCAAUGGGAUGGGUUAAGACACUUACCCUACCAGGCAAGCAGGAAGUUCUACGGCGGUUUCUCUCAAGAUGAGAUUAGCGGUCCUUCACCAACGACGCGCGGAGGAGUACAUAAUCUCGCGCGCAAGGCGAUAGCGGGUAGGGGUGUGCUUCUAGACUUUCGGUCUUGGGCUGUGAAGAAUGGGAUUUCAUAUGACGCCUUUAGCACCUAUCGUAUAACCUUGGACCAGCUAUUGAAAUGUGCGGAGGAUCAGGGUACCAACUUUAGGGUCGGCGACAUUCUGCUAAUUCGGUCCGGCUGGGUCGAAGACUACCUGCAUCGGUCCGAAGAAGAGAAGAUCGCAUUGGGAGGUAAGGAAGAUCGAGCGUUUGCAGGCGUUGAAAACUCGGUGGAGGUGACCAAAUGGCACUGGGAUAUGGGGUUUGCUGCUGUAGCUGGCGACGCAAACGCUUACGAGGCCUGGCCUCCUAGCAGGACAGACCCCUUAAAGCAUGCUUUGCAUGAAAUCUUUUUAUCGGGAUGGGGUAUGCCGAUCGGCGAAUUAUGGAAUUUGGAGCAAUUGGCCGCCGAAUGCAAGCGUAAGCAGAAAUGGUCUUUCUUUUUGACCAGUCAACCGCUGGAUGUGCCGGGUGGAGUGGCCAGCCCAUGUAAUGCAAUGGCAAUUUUGUAG